AUGGCAGAUAACAACUCAGAGGCUGGUGGUGAGACCGUGUACAUCAGAAAGGAUGAGCAGCUCAUCAUAGUGCAGUUUCUGGUGUUGAUUUUUCUAUGCAUCAACGUUUUGCUCAUUGUGACGAUUUGCUCAAAGGCCCAUUUCUACACAACCAUGCGUUACAUGUUAUUUGCUGUGACAGUAUUGUCUGAUAGCUUGAUAUUAAUCAUGUCUGAUAUCCUGGUCAUCUUAAAUCAUUUUAAUGUCACAAUGAAUAUUGCCUUUUGUGUCUGCAUCUAUAUCACUUUGGUUGUAUUCACUUUCGUCACACCAGUUACUCUGACAGCAAUGACUCUGGAGCGCUAUGUGGCCAUUUGCAAGCCGCUGCGCCACGGGGAGCUGUGCUCCACACGCAGCGCUCUGCACUGCAUCCUCAUCAUCCACAGCCUCAGCUCGGUGCCCUGCAUCAUUGUUCUCUCCAACUUCUUCGCAACAGCCCCGUUCAGCUUGUACAGCCAACACAGACUGUGUUUAAUGGGCAUUUUUGUCUUACUCCGAUGGCAGGAUGAUGUUAAAUUGGUGGUGUAUCAGUGCUACUUCUUGAUCAUGUCUGCCACCAUCUGUUUUUCCUACGUUAAAAUAAUGAAAGUGGCCAAAGAUGCAUCAGGAGAGGAUAAAAAGUCAACGAGGAGAGGGCUCAGGACACUGGUGCUUCAUAGCUUCCAGCUGCUCCUCUGUCUCAUCCAGCUGUGGUGUCCAUUCAUAGAAAAUGCUGUACUUCAGAUUAAUUUCAAGUUAUAUAUUGACAUCAGGUUCUUUGAUUACAUUAUGUUCUAUCUUGCUCCAAGAUGUCUGAGUCCUCUAAUUUAUGGCCUAAGAGAUAAAAAGGUUUAUCUUGCACUGAAGCAAAAUGCCCUUUUUGGAUUUCACAGACCCAAUGUGCAGAAUUCUAUUUGA